AUGUGCUCUAUUACUACAAUUUACUCUAAUUGGUCAUCGUUCAACUUUAAAAACCAUAAUGCAUGUGCAAGAGCCGAUGUUCAGAAUACAAUGCAACGGGAACCUCAGGAAAUCGAUUCAUGCUAUGAUGGUAAAAGAAAAAUCCUCCUUUAUGAGGCGAGAAAAUCCGAUCUACGACCAAUCCGUGAGAAGUUGGAGAUGUAUGAGAAGCAAAGAAAGUAUCUCAUGAGUGCUCAGCUAAACUCACCUGCACCAGCACCAACACUAGAACCAAUAACACUACUAGUUCAACCACCAGUAUCCAUUGUCCAACAACCAAUCGAAGUUAAACCCCAAAACUUAGAUUCCUUUUCACCCUCUCAGUUACAAAAGGAGUUUGAAUCUAUUUGUCGGCAGAUUAGAGAUUGUAAUAAAGACAUUUUUAAAAUCAAAGAAGAAGUUUCAGAUUUGAAGAGUCAGCAACCAUACAGUAGGACAAAAAAACAAUGGAAGGCUUUAGUAACAAGUUCGACAAGUGAUUUGAACAAAUCUUUGAUUAUACUAUCAAGCCAGAAAUCAAUAGUCCGUCAAGCAAUAGAGAGGAGGAAAACUACAGUGCAAAUUGUGUCAAAUAAGGUUAUUAAACCAAUAUUUGUUACUCCUACUACUCCUCCUCUCACUCCAAAGAAUCCUACAGUUGUUACUCCUACUACUCCUCCUCGCACUCCAAAGAAUGCAACUUUUACACUUACCCCUCCUCCUCCAUCUGGAAAGAAACCACCUCCAAAUGGAAAUAACUCUUCUCAAAAAGAGAUUGAUUAUGUUAACAUUUUAGGAAAGAGUGUUGAUGACGUUUUUGAUAUAUUUCUAGGUUGCAUACCUUCAAGAGUAGGAUUCCUUUCACAUCCCCUUAACAAAUUUGAAAACAAAGACGAUCGAACUUUAAAUGAAUAUAUCCUAGAUAUUAUACCAUUGAUGUUUGAAGAGUUGAGAGCCCAGAUUACCAAGGAGUUGGAGAGUAGAGGUGCAGUCGUUAUGGAAAGUGGACAUUAUAACUUCGACCAUCUGGCGAAGACAUCAUGUUUAAUUGGAGAUAUCGAUAUGCCAAAGAGAGCCGGGGAAGGUGUACACUUAUAUUUGGACUACCCAUAUACUAGAUACGAGAAUCAAUUGAAUAUCAAAGACAUGGUGCUGCUUAGACUGCCAGGUCGAUCAGUGUUUGGCCAAGUUAUAGGUGCAAAUCUAUUCUCGAAAACGAAGGAACAGAGGGUUAUUAUUCGUAUCAUGGAUAAUCAAUCGUAUGCACCUCAUACUAGUGAAUUCAUCGAUGCCCUCUACCAGACUAGAAAAGAUAAAGGCAAGGUAAAUCUUUCAUAUGUCAACAACUUUACUACUUUUGAGAGAGAGUUGAAUGCCGUCAGAGGAUUUACGCAACAUGCAUUAGCGCCACUCAUUCUCGCUCCUAAACUAUACAGUAUAUUUAAGACACCAAUCUCCCCGAUCUAUGUAAUGCCGACAAUAGUUGGAAGCUUGUUGAGUAGUCAACUGAAUUCAUCACAAUUCCGUGCUAUUUCACAGUCAUUGGCUAGUCCUCAAAUAUCAUUGAUCCAAGGUCCACCUGGAACUGGUAAAACCAAAACAAUCAUUAGUUUAUUGGCUAUUUUCAAUACCAUAUUGAAACCAACAGAACAGAUUCUGGUUUGUGCUCCAUCCAAUGUUGCAGUUGAUGAAGUUGGUUUAAGAGUUUUGAAAGAUGGUCUUCUCGAUAACUCCGGAGGCAGAACCGAUCCAUCCAUUGCUAGAAUCGGAAGAUUAGAAGCUAUCAACGAGAAUAUCCAUCAGAUAUGUGUUAGCAAACAUCGUCGUGCCAGUUACAAGAAAAAAAUGAUACAAUCAUCAAGAAUCAUUUUAUCCACUCUUUCAGGUGCAGGUUCACAAUUGAUAAUCCAUUCAGGAUUUCGCCCGUCGGUGGUUAUUGUGGAUGAGUCUACCCAGUCUUGUGAAUCAUCUACUCUCAUUCCACUGCUCAGAAACCCGAACUCAAAGAUCAUCUUGAUCGGUGAUCCCAAGCAGUUGCCACCAACAGUAUUCUCUGGUAUUUCCAGUCGAUUCAACUAUGAUGUUUCGCUCUUUGAGAGACUCGCCAAGUAUUUCCCAGUGCAUAUGCUCGACACCCAGUAUCGUAUGCACCCAAAGAUUUCGAAAUUCCCAUCUCUCCAAUUCUACAACUCCAAACUCAAGGACGGUGAGAAUGUAGCCAAGUAUCACAACUCAUUCUAUACCGAUCCUAAGUAUGGACCGAUCAAUUUCUACCACAUUCCAGACUCACAGGAACUGAAAACCAUUGGAAACUCAAUCAUGAAUGAUUUGGAAAUCAGAUUGGUAUUUACGUUGUUGAAGAAACUCGUACAGGAUCAUCCAGAGGUCAAGUCGAUGAGUGUCGGUAUUAUCACACCUUACAAGUUGCAAAAGAAAGUACUCCAAGAUGCCAAGAAUCAUUUCAAUGAGAAGAUGGAUGUUGUUGUGAAUACUGUCGAUGGAUUCCAAGGUGCCGAAAAGGAUAUCAUUAUCUUUUCAUGUGUUCGAAGUGAAAAGAUUGGAUUCCUCAAGGACACUCGUCGUAUCAAUGUCGGUAUCACUCGUGCAAGAAGAGCACUCUACAUUGUUGGUUCGGCUAAACUCUUGGAACAAGAUCCAAAUUGGGGUGCAUAUCUCCGUGACAUCAAAUCGACUACCAAGAGAUUAGUGUCAAUCGAUUCAAAUGGAAUCAGAAUGUUAGAAGAGCAAGUUAGACAGUUUGAUAUUGCAAAUCCCGAUGAUUUGAUCGAUACAAGUCAAGAGGAUUUCAAGGAACUUGAAGACUUCUUUGAUGACAAUGAUGAAAGAAUUUUAAAGGAUAUCGGUGAUGACGAUGAUGGUGAGGAUGAUAGCGAGGAGGAGGAAGAAGAAGAAGUAGUGGGAAAUAAUGAAGUAUCAAUGGAUAUGAUAGUUAGUAAACUAAAAUCAAUGACAUUAUGGAAGAAUUCUACCGAUCCAUCGAUACCACUGAAGAUUAAGGAAAUCGAACAAUAUCUUGGAGAGUACAACCAACUUCGUGAAAUUAGAAUCAAUUCUACCAUAAGAGCUCAAAUAGUAGAAACCAGGAAGUCUAUUUGGACAGGGUUGAGAGAUACUUUGAAGAAGUUAAAGAUCGAAAAUUCAAAACACGAUGUUUCUGAUUUGGAAUUUAUCGCACCCAACGACAACGACUACAUGUCAAGACAACUACUUUCAUUAUAUAGAGAAAAGAAGUGUCCAAAUGAAGAUAUCAAGAAAAAGAGCCUCCUAUCACUGGAAAACCAUUGUCAAAAGGCAUUCCCAGGUUCCAUAUUGAAGCCAUACGGAUCGUUUGUCAAUGGAGUGCAAACUGCAUCAAGUGAUAUCGAUUUAUGUUUCUCAGUCGUUGGUGUUUCAACUGAUACCAAUGAUAAACUCUUCCAUCUUAUGAAAAGGGUUGCCUUGAGAAUAAAGAAAAAUACUUCCUAUCAGUUGGAGAAGAUUAUUAGAUUUGCGAGAGUACCGAUUAUUAAAUUCAAGGAUAUUGAAAAUGAAAUAUCAUUUGAUAUGUGUUUCAAUAACUCGAUGCCAGUUGGUAAUUCGUUGUUGAUCAAAGAAUAUACUAUGAUUGACGUUCGUGCUAAAGUAUUGAUGCUGUUGAUCAAGUAUUGGGCAUCGAGAAAGGAUAUCAAUGACGCAUCAAUGGGAACACUUUCAUCUUACAGUUGGUUACUUAUGGUUAUUUUCUAUCUCCAAUCUAUCAAUCCACCCGUGUUGCCAAAUCUCCAGUCAACCCUCAUAAACACAGCACCAAAGAAUGCUAUCAUUAGCAGUUCGGAGGACCGUUGGUUAUUCCUUAGUUCACAAGCACUCAAUUUCAAGAGUACCAACACCAUGUCAUUGUUCCAGCUGUUUAGUGGAUUCUUCUCAUUUUACUCGAGAUUCGAUUUCUCAAACCUCUUGAUUACAAUCAAACAAGGCUGUUUAACCAACAUUAGAAUGGCAACCAAAAUCUUUUUGGACAAUAACGGAAAGCAAAAUAUCUGUAUCGAGGAUCCAUUCACACCACAAAAUAAUCCAGCAGCUUCAGUUGGUAGAAAUGCAUUCGAUGUCAUUCUUUACGAGCUUAAAUCGGCUGAGCAAAAGCUUUCAGCACUCAAACCAAAUGAAACAGUCGAUGUAUUCAUGGAGUCAACCUUGAUGAAAUUCUGUAGUGCUAAAUAA